AUGGCGCUCCCGCAUAUAGGACUCAUCACUAUCGCACCAAAGCGCCAGAUGAUCCAAGUAACAGCCCCGCGGGGCAAAGACUGGCAGCGCGGGCAGGAACGCCUCCACGAGGCCUUCCAGCUGCUCCGGGCCCAAUAUCCCGACGCGUCUCCGUUUCAUGGCAUCGUCCAGCGAGGCUCAGAGUGUGACCCGAUGAUACGCUGUUUUCGCGAGUCGCGCGACGAUGACGCCCCAGACCGGAUCGUGGACGGGAUGUUUCUCUACAAGUUCAAAGGAACCAGAGAAACCAACAUCCUGCAUACAGUCAUGUGCAUUCCGCAUCAUAAGAAAUAUCUAGCCUGGCAGCGGAAGCAUAUCCGCGAGUCCAAUGUCCAACUGCGUGCCAGGGAGAUCACCACUGCUCGGGUGAUAGAAUCUUCGUCCAAACUCAAUGCGCAAUGCGUGGUCAUUACAGUACAUGGUCCAUACAGGAAUAGGACUAGUAAUGGAGAUUUUGUAAAACCAUUUUUCAACCUUAUAAGAACCCCCCCAACCCUCCCCCUCUGUUCUCAUCCACUAUUCAUUCCAAUUCCUUUACUCCGUACCCUUACCCAAUUCCCCCCAAGCACCGCAAGAAUGCCAGACACCGAAGAACCCCCCAUCUUCACCAAAUACCCCUCCCUCCGCAAGAUGGCGGGCCUGGAGGAGUCGGAGAUCGUCGAGUCCCAUGACGGGCGCGAGAUCACCCUUCUCAAGCACAUCUACGCCCAUCCCGAGCUGGACACCAAACUGCGGGGUUCCCCGGCCGCCAUUCUGGCGGUGAUGGACGAGUUCGCCGCCCAGGAGGACUUUCUGAUCAACAUUGGCCCGGACAAAGCGGGCAAACUGGCCGUCUUGGUGCGGGAGCACCGGCCCCGGGUGGUGGUGGAGUUGGGGGGAUACGUUGGGUACUCUGCCAUCCUGUUUGGGAGUCUCCUGAAGGAAAUCUGGGCGCAGAACCCGGACGACGCGGAGAUCAAGGCGGGCGAGGAGGACAACACGAAGGAUCUGCCCCCCAGGCUCUACAGCAUCGAGAUCGACCCCCUGGUCGCCUCCGUCGCCAUGAACCUCGUCAGCCUCGCCGGCCUGCAGGACCUCGUCGAGGUCGUCGUCGGCGCCUCCGCCCACACCCUGCGGCGGUUGCAGGAGCAGGGAACCCUCGACGGCCGGGGCAUUGACCUGCUGUUCAUGGACCACGAUGAGGCGCUCUACGCGGCCGAUGUCCAGGUGGCCGAGGAAUUGGGGCUGUUGCAGACGGACGGCGCCCUGGUCAUCGCCGACAAUGUGAUGCGCCCCGGGGCGCCGGCCUAUCGCGAUUACAUGCGCAAGAACCCCCGCCUCCGCCAGAGUUGGGGCUUGCCGGGCUUGAUUGUGCCCGGCGAUCUCGCGGACGAGAUGGAGAUCAGCGUCGUGGGUCGAAAGGUGCCGAGGGGGAAGAAUUCGAGCCGCGCAAUGGAGAAGGUAGAGGAGGAGAACGGCGUGGACGAGCAGAAGCAGCCCGACCGCAAGAGGAAGAAGGUUGCUAACUGA